AUGACCGUUACGUAUUCGCUGGACGUCUCAACAUCGUCAUUUUUCUGUCUGUACAAAUUGUUAUUCAGGUGGAGGGGGUCUGUCUGGAAAAGCGUGUGGACCGAGCUGUUGGCCUGGCUGGCCGUGUACACCAUGAUGUCGAUGACCUAUCGGCAGGUGCUGACCGGGCACCAGAGAAUUAUAUUUGAAGAUUUAUGUGUAUUCUUCUACGCCUACUCCGACUAUAUCCCAAUAACGUUCAUGCUCGGAUUCUAUGUAUCGACAGUAUUCACGCGUUGGUGGGAUGUUUUCAUGAAUGUGGGAUGGGUUGAUAGCCCUAUGUUAUUGAUCUCGUGUCUGAUUCGUGGUGCCGAUGAGCGGGCGAGGGUUGUAAGGAGAAAUAUCAUGAGGUAUCUGGUGCUUACCCAAGCUCUGGUAUUUCGUGACAUAUCAGCAUCGGUCAAGAAACGAUUUCCAACGAUGCAACAUUUGGUUACGGCAGGCCUAAUGACUGAGAAUGAAUUAAUGGUCUUUAAUGAUGUACCAUCACCACAUGCUAAGUAUUGGCAACCGAUGCACUGGGCUUUUUGCCUAUGUCGAACAUCACGCGAAGAGGGGCUAAUAUCUUCCGAUAUUUUGCUGAUAGAUCUACUCGAGAAACUACGCCAAUUUCGUGUCAAUGUAAUGAACCUAACGAUGUAUGAUUGGGUACCUGUUCCUUUGGUCUAUACCCAGGUGAUCCACAUCGCCAUCAGAACCUACUUCUUCCUUGCGCUGUUCAGCCGUCAAUACCUCGACCUAUCGACUCGCCAGGAUAUUACAGCGAUGCCAAAAACUAUAGACAUCUACAUCCCGAUAAUGACAAUUCUGCAAUUUGUAUGUUUUGUUGGGUGGAUGAAGGUAGCAGAAGUCCUCUUAAAUCCACUCGGCGAGGACGACGAUGAUUUCGAAUGUAACUGGAUUUUGGAUCGAAACCUUCAGGUGGCCUUCUCGGUAGUUGACGAUGCGUACGGGAAAUUCCCACCUGAGGCGAGGGAUCCUUGGUGGGAAACCUCACAUCCGGAACCCCUCUACACAGCCGAGAGUGCCGCCAGGGCCCCGAAUCCACAGCAGGGGAGCUGCAAGUUUAUGGCGACGGAGGACGACGAGUACAUGGUGCGCCCACACAUCCGAAUCCAUGAAAAUGAGGCAAAGAUGAUGUGGGACGAGCUGGAAGGGGAUGAUGUGGUGCCGGUGGAGAAGCUGAAACCAAAAGAGAGUGUCAACGGCUCAACAGACUUCCUGAACAAACUCGCCGAGAAGAAGCUCGGUGCUUUGGGUCGACUCAGGCGCCAGUCCGGCGCCUUUAUCGGCCACCAGCAGAAACGUAGAGCUUCCAGCGGUUCAACCCCCACUAGCGCUCGGAAAAAGCGUUCGAUGAGCUCGAUGUUUGCCAGUGAUUUUCACAGGUCACCGCCGAGCAGGUACCUCUAU